GACCGGACCAACCCCACUCAAUAGCGCCAGCGCACAGCCUUCAGCUUCAACCAGUCGGCGUUUCCGGAGGCUGGGGCUACGGUGGAGCAUCCGAUUCUUUAGCGAGGUGACCCCUGCCCCGCGGGCCGAGUGCUAACCAUGCUGCGGCAGGCGGAGCCCACCAACAGCACCCUGCACCUGGUGGCGUCGGACAUGACGGAGAUCAUGGAGAACCUGGACACCCGUGAGCUGGGCUUCGGCGAUGGCGAGGAGGUGGAUAUCGACGGGAACAGCGCCGGUCUCACAGAACUGCGCAUCCCUUUCUCUGCAGUCUACCAGACUACAGGCUUCAAGGAGGCGGAUGUGAGGGUGUUCCUCAACUCUCUCCCCAUCACCGCCAAAAUCCUGGAGGUGGAGCGCUUCACCUCCGCGCAGGACCGCUUCAACAUCACCAACCAGAGGAGCGUGUCGAAGGUCCUCCCCGCGGUUUUUAAGAUUGAGCUGAGGCACGGCAACUUCACCUGGAUGGUGAAGAGGAAGGAGAAGCACUUCAUGGAGCUUCACCGAGAGCUGCUGCGCUACAAGACCUUCCUGAAGAUCCCUCUGCCCUCACGCAGUCACACAGUGCGGAGGCAGACGGUGAGGAGGAGCGAGGCCAGGCAGAUGCCCAGCCUGCAUCUGGGCGGGGGGGAGGAGCUGGUCAGAGAGGAGCAGGUGUCCAGCCGAAGGAAACACCUUGAAGACUACUUGAAUAACCUGCUAAAAAUGUCAAUGUACAGAAACUAUCAUGCCACGAUGGAGUUUAUCGACGUCAGUCAGCUGUCCUUCAUUCACGAUCUGGGACCGAAAGGCCUAGAGGGCAUGGUGCAGAAGCGGUCGGGAGGUCAUCGGAUCCCGGGGUUCAACUGCUGCGGUCACAGCAAAGUGUGCUACCGCUGGUCCAAACGGUGGCUGGUGGUCAAAGACUCUUUCCUGCUGUACAUGAAGCCAGACACGGGGGCCAUCUCCUUCGUCCUGCUGGUGGAUAAAGAGUUCAAUAUCAAGAUGGAUUCCAAAGACACGGAGACCAAACACGGUCUCCGGAUCGACAACCUGUCCAGGGCUCUGGUGCUGAAGUGCUCCAGCUAUCGGCAGGCGCGCUGGUGGGGGCAGGCCAUCGAGGACUUCGUGCAGAAACACGGGAAGGCCUUCCUGAGGGACCAUCGCUUCGGCUCCUUCGCCCGAGAGGAGUUCAACAUCCCGGCCAAAUGGUAUGUUAAUGGGAAGACCUACAUGGAGGACGUGGCCAACGCACUAGAAGAAGCUAAGGAGGAAAUCUUCAUCACAGACUGGUGGCUGAGCCCUGAGAUCUUUCUAAAGAGGCCUGUGGUGGAAGGCAACCGCUGGAGGCUGGACUGCAUUCUCAAACGCAAGGCGCAACAAGGUGUGCGUAUCUUCGUGAUGCUUUACAAGGAGGUGGAGUUGGCCCUGGGGAUCAACAGCGGCUACAGCAAGAGGACUCUAAGGCACCUGCACGCCAACAUCAAGGUGAUGAGACACCCUGACCACGUCUCCUCCUCCGUCUACCUGUGGGCGCACCACGAGAAGAUCAUCGUCAUCGACCAAUCGGUGGCCUUCGUGGGCGGGAUCGACCUGGCGUACGGUCGCUGGGACGACCGGGAGCAUCGUCUGACAGACGUGGGGAGUGUCACGCGCUCGGCGGCCGUGGCGGUGGAGCAGGCAGGUUUGGAAGGUGUCCCUCCGGUUGCAGGGGUCCCUGUCAACGAGAGCCCUGCUGUGCCUCAGAGUAACGGGCGCGGCGGGGGGCCCGCGGACUCGGGGGACCAGCCCAAACUGAAGGGGAUGGGGAAGGGUCACAAGUCCCGGUUCAGCUUCCACCGACACCUCCACAGGCACGGGCUGCACCAUGCAGACAGCACAAGCAGUGUAGACAGCACCGAGGAGAGUUGGUCUAAUACCACUGGCAGCCAACAGAAUUUAAUCCUGGGUAGAGGGGCGGAGCUGAGGGCGACCCCUUCCGCGGGGCUGUCCCAGGCGGAGUCAGGGUCUCAGCAGAGCCUGCAGACGGGAGUUGGGGAGCUUAUGGGGAACACACGCUUCUGGCACGGAAAGGACUACUGCAACUUCGUUCACAAGGACUGGAUCCAGCUGGACAAGCCUUUCGACGAUUUCAUUGACAGGUACACAACCCCCAGAAUGCCUUGGCAUGACAUCGCCUCAGUGGUUCAUGGGAAGGCGGCCCGCGAUGUAGCGAGACACUUCAUACAGCGCUGGAACUUCACCAAGAUUAUGAAGCCGAGGUACCGCUCUCUCUCCUACCCCUAUCUGCUGCCCAAAUCCCACACUACAGCCAACGAACUCAGGUACCAGGUGCCAGACUGCGUUUCCACCAAAGUGCAGGUUCUGAGAUCAGCCUCAGACUGGUCUGCUGGCAUUAAGUACCACGAAGAGUCAAUCCACAACGCCUACGUCCACGUGAUCUCCCACAGCAAACACUACAUCUACAUCGAGAACCAGUUCUUCAUCAGCUGUGCGGAAAACCGCCUCGUCUACAACAAGAUAGGAGACGCCAUCGCCGAGAGAAUCAUCAGAGCCUAUAAGGAGAACAAGAAGUUCCGCGUGUAUGUGGUGACCCCUCUGCUGCCCGGGUUCGAGGGGGACAUCAACACAGGAGGGGGGAGCGCCAUCCAGGCCGUCAUGCACUUCAACUACAGAACCAUGAUCAGAGGGGACUGCUCCAUUAUCAGCCAGCUGAAGAGAGAAAUGGGUGAUCAGUGGAUAAACUACAUCUCCUUCGGGGGCCUGAGGACCCAUGCUGAGCUGCAGGGGAAGCUGGUGACCGAGCUCAUCUACGUCCACAGCAAGAUGCUGAUCGCCGACGACAACGCCGUCAUCAUCGGCUCCGCCAACAUCAACGACAGGAGCAUGCUGGGAAAACGGGACAGCGAGGUGGCGGUCAUCGUGGAGGACACCGAGACGGUCCCCUCAGUGAUGGAUGGGGAGGAGUAUCAGGCGGGGAAGUUCGGCCUGCAGCUGAGGCUGGAGUGUUUCAGGACAAUCCUGGGUGCCUUCACGGACCCCAGCAUCGACGUGACUGACCCCAUCAGUGACCGCUUCUACAAGGAAGUGUGGAUGGCCACCUGUGCCCGCAAUGCCUCCAUCUACCAGAAGGUGUUCCGCUGCCUGCCGUCCAGUGACGUGCGGAACACGGCGGAGCUGGAGGCCUUCCUGUCCAAACCGGGCCUGGACAAGGACGACCCGGCCCGGGCGGCGGAGGAGCUGAAGAAGAUCCGCGGCUUCCUGGUCCAGUUCCCCCUCUACUUCCUGAGUGAGCAGAACCUCCUUCCCCCCAUCGGCUCCAAGGAAGCCAUGGUGCCUACCGAGAUCUGGACCUGAGGGUCGGGCCGGGCCAGGAACCGGAACCAGGAGGCCUGAGGCUGCCC